AGAUGCUGCUCGUAUCAUACACGAUAUAUGGGAAACUACACUGCUAAAUGCAUUGCCCAUUGCUGGCUGAAAUCAACUUGUCUUCCGGAGGGCAACCUGAUAAAUAAUGCCCCCGAGUAUGCGAAGAGAAUCACAUCUAGGGAAGAAAGCGAAUUCAUUGAUCUCACAGCAACGUUCAAGUCAUAUUGUAUGAUACUUAAUCCCGACGAGCCCAUAACAUCCACACUGAGAACCGAAGUGAAUGAUUGGGUUGAUGAAUCAACCAAAAUGCAACUAUCGAAUAUCGAAGAGAUACUAUCAUAUGAGGUGCUGGAGCUAGAAGUUAAGAAGGAAAUAUACGAUGAGUGUGAUGAAGACAGUGAAAGGUUCAGUUUUGACCUCAUGAAGUCUUGUGAAUACGAUCGCGCAAAGAGUGUCAAAACAAUACAAGCAAUUGUAAUGUUGUAGGUGCAGUACAAAUCAACAUAAACCUGAAAAACAGGUCCCAGGCGGCCAGGCCCCAUAUGACCUUCAUUGUCUACCUCUAUUUUUGUCUAAUUUUGGUCGAAAUCGGACCCUAGACAAUAACCCAAGUUUGACUGUACUGAUGACAACUCACAACUGACAAGUCCGUUGACUCGACCUUGUCUUGAGAGUUUAUUUUUAUCGAUGAUAAGUCCUCAAUAGAUAUUUAAAUACCGUACAUAUGAGGACUCGAGUGACGACUGACAAGUGACGCGUCUUACUCGAGAGUCGCGGCCUUGAAGCUUUGAGGCAGGAUGUAGCCGUCAGGAGAUGUGGGUGAACACCGAACACUGAACAGAGGUGACCGAUACAACAUUCUACUAAAUUAUAGAAUAUACGUAUACAAUCGGUAUACUUCACAAAUCGGCUGGGCUCGAGCUGGCGUAUCGCACGAUAGUCGAUGACUGAUGAGCCUACGUGAUCACCCAUUCCGGUGAUUCGUCCGACCAUCUAUGAGCGUAUAGAAGAAGUAUCCGUGAAAUCGUAAGAAAUUGAUUGGUUUGUAUAAAAUUGCACAGGCACAGUGCGAGUGCGGUUGGAACUUGGAACUUGGAACUUGGAACUUGGAACUUGGAACUGGAACUAUUUUAUAUAUAUAAAAAACAAAUAUAUAGAGCCCCUCGCCCCAGGCCUCCAAGGGGCCAAGGCCCAGGGCCCAGGGCCCUAGGCCCCGCGAGCCCUGCCUGGAGCUAUUUACCCCAAUGAACCACAGUACCGCACCCAAGUCCCGUGCUAUAGAUAUAAAUAUAUCGUUUUAGGAAUAAACAAGCUGUAUUAGGCAAAAU